UUUCUCUAAGUUUAGUCUCCUCACAGACAUAUAUUCCAUAUGUGUGAAAUUGUUGAGAACCACACACACAAUAGAGAAGACUUGACGAGGGCAACUCUAAAACUACACUAAUUCUGGACCUGGCGGAAAAAAAUCAGCUUUGAACGAAAUAUCUAGCACGCUUCCUGCAGGGGUCCAGUUGGAGGGUUCAGUACAAAAUUAAAGUAUUGUAUUAUUUUCCACUUACUUUCAUUGGCUAGCUACCUUUUGUAGCGUGUGCGUAUUCUGAUCCACCACACAGGAAAAAUAAUUCAACCUCACAUAUAGCCUGCUGUUAGACUCUAAACUGUUAUUCCGACGCUUCCACCACACCAUUCGCACCUUUUCAAGAUUAGUACUGGCGGUCAUGGGCAUCGCAGGUGUCCUGUUGGUCCUCUUCCUGCUCCUAGUCCUAUGUCCACUGCUGCCAGUAUUGAUAAUGGUGAGAGCAUCGGGGCUCAAGGGGACGCUUCCCUCCGCAGCCAUGCUCGCUGACUGUCCGAAGCGCUGCGGCAAUCUCACCUUUGACUAUCCCUUCGGCAUCGGGACCGGUUGCUUCCGCAAUCCCGACUUCAAGCUCACCUGCGACGACACCGCUCAGCCGCCCAAGCUGUUCUUAUGCGAUGGCACCACUCAGGUUUUCCAAAACAUUGUUACUAUUGAUAACUUCUCUCCGGUGCUGUACAGCUUUUUGAACCUCCGCAUCCCAAUUAACAUUUCACACAAAAUUGAUAUGAGAUCUGGUGUCGAUGUUUACCAUAUGUUCUGGAAAUCUCCAGGGAGAUCCUUUAGUCUCUCAUAUGCCCAGCUUAAUAUAACCGGUUGUGGCUUCCAUGCGUACCUGGUCGGCAACGAGACAGGUUCAGCCUUGGAUGACUGCGAGGCUUCCUGCCCCGUUGAAGGAAUCACGGACAUGGUGGCUAGGAAGAUCUGUAAUGGUACUGGGUGUUGCUCCAUUAAUUUCAGUGAUUAUGGUUUUGCGCCUCGCACCUUUCACCUCAAGUUUGUCCGCCAUGAACAUGGCAAGCUCAAGCCACGUAAUAGUGAUAGCUCCUUACGGGACAGAAUCCAUAUAACUAGCUCUACCUCACUCCAGUGGAGUAUCGUUGAUCAAGCAAACUGUCAUUACACAGAGAAAAACAAGACAAACUAUGCUUGUAUUAGCAAAGACAGCAGGUGCCUCAGUGCUGAUGGUUUUGGGUACUACUGCUACUGCGACGAUGGAUACGGAGGCAAUCCAUAUAUUCUCGAGGGGUGCUCACGUGACACUACAGGCUAUAUUCCCGCGCAACAGAAAGAUGAUUGCACUCGUUCUUGUGGCAACGUCAGUGUUCCAUACACUUUUGGCUUGGCGGAAGAUUGUUUCGGAAGAGAAAUAUUUUACCUCAAUUGCACAAAUUCAACGUCACCUGUUCUAUUGCUCGAUCAAUACUACCAUGUGACCAACAUAAAUGUUAAUGAGGGACUCAUUGAGUAUGUGGAUCCCGGGACUGGAUGGGAUGAAACCGUCUUAACUAUUCUCCAAGGGCAAAGAUUAUACUAUACAGGUUCCAACCAAACAUCCUCUCGGCAAUGGGCAGUUGCCAAUUUAACUUGUCUGGAGGCUCAACAGAUCUCAAGGUAUGCAUGUGUGAGUUCCCAAAGUACAUGCGUACCUGUUACUUCUUACCGUGGUUACUUUGGUUAUCGCUGCAAGUGCAAGGAUGGCUUCCAUGGAAAUCCCUAUAUUAAACAAGGCUGUGAAGAUAUCGAUGAGUGUCUUGCACCAAACAAUUGUACCGGGAUAUGCCUUAAUACUGUCGGAACCUUCACUUGUACUGAUUGUCCUCCCAAAACAGAAUAUGACCCCACAAAACGGCAAUGCACUCCAACAAAACAGCAAAAUCUCCUGAUAGGUAUUAUCAUUGGACUGUGCAGUGGGGUCGGCAUUCUACUCUUGGGCUUAUUUGUGAUAUUCUUGGUAGUAACAUGGAAAAGAAACAUUCAAAGGCAACAAAGAAGGGCACAUUUCCGAAAAAACAAAGGCCUUCUCCUGGAACAACUGAUAGCAUCCGAUGAAAAUGCGAGUGACAAGGCAAAGAUUUUCUCAUUCGAAGAUCUGAAGAAGGCAACAAAUAACUUUGACCCAACGCGCAUCUUGGGGCGUGGAGGCCAUGGGACGGUCUACAAAGGCAUAUUAGCUAACAAACAUGUUGUGGCAAUUAAAAAGGCAAUGGUUAUUGAAGAAGAUGAGAUCAAUCAGUUCAUUAAUGAGGUUGUAAUCCUCUCCCAAAUUGAUCACCGAAAUAUAGUAAAGCUAUUUGGGUGUUGUCUUGAAGCUGAAGUGCCAUUGUUGGUAUAUGACUUUAUUCCUAAUGGUUCAUUAUUUGGGCUCCUACAUGGAAAUUCAAGUAGUGAACUGGCUUUGCACUGGGACGACUGCCUGCGGAUUGCUGCAGAAACUGCAGGAGCUCUCUGUUAUCUCCAUUCGUCAGCAUCAGUAUCAGUCUUCCAUCGUGAUGUCAAGUCUUCCAAUAUACUAUUGGAUGGAAAAUGUACCGCCAAACUUUCAGACUUUGGUGCUUCAAGAUUGGUCCCCAUUGAUAAGACCCAUGUUGUUACAAAUGUUCAAGGCACUCAUGGAUAUUUGGAUCCAGAGUAUUUCUACACUGCUCAACUAAAUCAGAAGAGUGAUGUUUACAGUUUUGGCGUGGUCCUUUUGGAGCUGCUCCUUAGAAGAGAGCCUAUUUUUACAGUUCAUUCAGGAUUCAAACAAAACUUGUCCAACUACUUUCUGACAGAGAUAAAUACGAGACCGGUUACAGAGAUUGUGGCAGCUCAGGUCCUUGAAGAAGCAACAGAGGAAGAAAUGGAAAAUAUUGCCUUACUUGCAGAGAUGUGCUUGAGGCCGAGGGGCGAGGAAAGACCUACCAUGAAGCAAGUUGAGACCAAAUUGCAGAUUUUACAAGCAAAAAGGCUGAGUGCUCGUCCAGUUACUAGAGACAAUGAUGCAGAGAGAAAACCGUUACUGAAUGCAAGAACAAGAGCUAAUUAUCAGUCGUUGAGUGUAGAUUGCGAAGACCCGGCCAGUUCAUCCUGGCAAUCGAGCCAAAAUUGCUACAGCUUGGAGCAAGAGUCCAGCACAUCAACCACUCGACGACGUUAACACUGUUAGUCUAGAGUGUGCGUAUAUAUUAUAAAUAUUCAACUAUUUUUGUAACGGACUGCAAAAUAUUGAUUUCGAACCAAAUAUACUCUUCAGACAUAAAGUGUACUGCACUGAUAUAUACCUCCAUGCCCAUUGGCACUCUA